AUGGCCGAGGAUGACGCUCAUUUAUUCGUUCUUGUACAUGGACUCUGGGGUAGUCCCACCCAUAUGCUGACGGUGGAAAAGGCAAUCAAACACUCACUAAAGGACGUUUCGAAAGAAAGAAUUGUCACUUUGAAGCCACUGUCGUUUCGUUUCUGGAAAACUUAUGACGGUAUUUCAAGAUGUGCCGAGAAAGUCAUUGCGGAAAUUCUUUACGAGAUGGAAAUCUUGAAGCAAAAGGAAGGCUGCAACGUUACGAAGAUCAGUAUAGUUGGCUAUUCUUUGGGUGGCUUGAUCUCGAGAAACGUGGUCGGCAAGCUCUACGAGAUGGGAUUCUUUGAUACAGUUAAACCAGUUGUCUUCUGUACGUUCGCUACACCCCACGUAGGGGUCCACUUUUUCAGAGAUCAUAUCUUCGAUAAGGUAGCAAACGUUGUCGGGAAAUUCAUUUUGGGUGUCACUGGCUUCCAACUAUUCAUAGCAGAUCGAGAUCCUUUAUUGGUUGAGAUGAGCAAACCCGGCACUAUUUACUUCAAAGGUUUGGAGUGUUUUGAAAAGCGGUUGCUAUUGGCCAACAUCAAGAACGACAGAAGCGUGGCAUUUUACACAAGCUUCAUUACUGAACAUUCACCAUUCGAUCAUUGGGAUAAGCUUAAGGUCAAAUACUUUAAGGACCUACCAACCUCCAAAAUCGGAGGCGUUUUGGUGAGGCCAAAGUUUGUCGACUUGGAGAGAUCAUGCAGAGUUGAGACACUGGGCAAACCGCCAGACAAUAAUCAAGAGGCAACUUCAUUUGUCAGACGCAACAAGCUCGUCCGGUAUUCUGUCAUAAUAGUUGCUGCCUCCAUACUCAUUCCCUUUUAUAUCCCUGUCAUCCUUUGCUUGUCGCUGGUUGUGUCCUUGUAUACCUUGAUUAAAGUCAAGUUCCUGAGUGGACCCGACAUUUUGAGCCACUGGAAAGAAGUUCGAAGCUCUGUAUUUGGUGAUGGCGAGGUCAAUGCCGAAAAUGCACAGCGUGGUGAAGAGAGAAGAAAAGAGCGUCAUGAACUAGCAAAACACGAGUCCUUCAAGGGCGACACAUCCUCCUUUACUGAGAAUGGUAUGGAGAACGUUUUGUACGCUGAAAGCAGGCUCCAUGGGAAGCAAUCGGAUGUUUACAAACAGGAGGGUUCGAGCGAAGACUUGGGAAAGGGCGAUAUCCAGUCUCUGAGUGAGGAAACGCAAAUAUCUCCGGUCGAGUCGGAUCUUUCGGAUUCAGACAAGAGGUCAGCUACCUCAUACCUUGCAUCCUUCUUGAAAAGAAAGAAUCCUGUUGAUAUAGAUGCUGCCAUUAAUGAUUCAAUCAUGAAGACGCAUGCAGCCAAACUCUCCGUCACAGACUAUUCACAAUUCCCUCUAUUUACGGAGGAUACCAAACUAGCCAUUUCGGAACAUCAAAAAGAAAUAAUUGAAAACCUCAAUCAGCUUUCUUGGGAAAAGAUCGCUGUGUAUCAUGACCUGUUCAACGCACACGAUGGAAUCGUUGCUAGGAGAGGCGAAAAGACAAAUCCCAAAGGCACCUCAACAGUUCUAAAGCCCAUAGAGACAGCUGACACCUUCGAAAACGGUCUUUAUGCGGCCUCUCAGAAAGAAGAACAGGACAUGUUUGACGAUUAUAGAAGAGAGCGAACCUCGAAAGGUCCAUUUAUCGCUAGAGUGUUCUUCCGCCUACAGUUUGUCGUCAUUGACUACAUUAUAGAUCCGUUGAAAACUAUUAUAAGGUUCGUGGAACUCACAUCGAUAUUUAUGCCAGUGCUCCUUGCAUCACCUAUCUGCUGGUUUGGAAAGAAAGAUAGAAAGACAGGCACUUAUGUCAGAAGCGGAGCCAGGCUUUGGUUCAGAUACUUAAGAUGGGCCUCUGAAGCUGCUGGUGCCUCUUUCAUCAAAUUGGGUCAAUGGGCUGCCUCGAGAACUGAUAUCUUUCCAAAGGAGAUGUGCGAGGAGCUCUCCAACCUCCAUUCCAACGCAAAGGCUCAUUCGUUAUCUGAGACCAAGAAGAUAUUGAGCAAGAGCUUUGGCAUGCCAUUCGAGGAAAUUUUUGAAGAGUUCAGGGAGAAGCCAUUGGGAGUCGGUGCUAUUGCGCAAGUUUAUCUCGCCAAGUUGUCAGACAAGGCUAUUCAGCGUGCCAAAAAGGAAAACGAUACCACCGUUCAGCUUUCGCUUGACCCAGCUGCUCACGAGCACCAGCAAUUCCUCGAUAAAGUUAUUGUUACGGAGCCAAGCAGCUUCAUCACGAAGAAGCAGGAAGUGGCCAUAAAGGUCUUGCACCCCAACGUGGAAGUGAAGAUCAACCGUGACUUAAAGAUCAUGAGUUUCUUCGCUUCUGUGAUCAACGCUAUUCCCACAAUGGAGUGGCUCUCUCUUCCUGACGAAGUGGAGCAAUUUUCCGUAUUGAUGAGGUUACAAUUGGAUUUGAGAAUCGAGGCUCUCAAUCUAGCAAAAUUCAGACACAAUUUCAAAAACCGUUUGGACAUUCACUUUCCCAAGCCCUUCUUGAACUUUAGCACAAGAGAUGUUCUUGUGGAAGAGUAUAUUGAUGCUAUCCCAUUAAGCAAGAUGCUUGACCUCAAGGAGAACUUCGGAAAAAACCUCUCCAAGGAGAUUAGUGACAAAGGUCUCGAUGCAUUUUUACAGAUGCUCAUCUUGGAUAAUUUUGUUCAUGCCGAUCUUCAUCCAGGCAACAUGCUUAUCAGGUUCUACAAGAAUAAGUUGUAUCGCCACGAAAAGGAGUAUAAGAUUGUGAAAACCAGUAACGAAGAGGAGACCAAUCGGAUCACGGAAGAUCUUCUUGCAUUGGGCGAUGAUAGACAGGCGUGGGUGAAGAGGCUUGAAGAACUCUAUGACCUGGGAUACCAUGCAGAGAUUUGCUUCCUUGACGUUGGUCUCAUUACCGAAUUGAAUCACACUGAUCGUGUCAAUUUUAUUGACUUGUUCAAAGCAUUGUCCGAGUUCGAUGGUUACCUCGCCGGCGAGUUGAUGGUGGAACGUUCGAGGACACCAGAAACUGCCAUCAACAAGGAAAUCUUUGCUUUGAAAGUCGAGAAGUUGGUUGACCGCAUGAAACAAAGAACGUUUGCUUUGGGUAACAUUAGCAUCGGCGAUCUCUUAGACCAGGUGCUUGGAAUGGUGCGCUCGCAUCACGUCAGAAUGGAGGGAGACUUUAUCACCGUCAUCGUGGCUAUUCUACUUUUGGAGGGUAUCGGAAGACAACUUGACCCUAAACUAGAUUUAUUUGCAAGGUUCGUAUACGCCUUUGUUUUUGGGUUCCCUACGGAGAACACCUUGCCAUUUUUGGCACAAUGA